CCCGCGAGGCUCUGGGGCCGCCUGUCCCCGCUGCCGGGCGCACCCCGCCGGGCCGCCGCUCACUUCGCUUUCCAGCCGGACCCGGCACCCAGCGAGUACGGACAAACUCAGAAGAUGAACCUCUUCCAGUCCAUAACAAGUGCCUUGGACAAUGCUUUAGCCAAAGAUCCAACUGCAGUAGUGUUUGGUGAAGAUGUGGCCUUUGGUGGAGUCUUCAGAUGUACAGUUGGCUUGCGAGACAAAUAUGGUAAAGAUAGAGUUUUCAACACCCCUUUGUGUGAACAAGGAAUCGUUGGCUUUGGUAUUGGAAUUGCUGUUGCAGGUGCUACAGCCAUUGCAGAAAUUCAGUUUGCAGAUUACAUUUUUCCAGCUUUUGAUCAGAUUGUUAAUGAAGCAGCAAAAUAUCGUUACCGCUCUGGAGAUCUGUUUAACUGUGGAAACCUCACCAUCAGAGCACCCUGGGGCUGUGUGGGUCAUGGUGCACUAUAUCACUCUCAAAGUCCAGAAGCCUUUUUUGCUCACUGUCCAGGAAUAAAGGUUGUUAUUCCAAGGAGUCCUCUUCAGGCCAAAGGAUUGCUGCUGUCAUGCAUAGAGGACAAAAAUCCAUGCAUAUUUUUUGAACCUAAAAUACUUUACAGAGCUGCAGUGGAACAAGUUCCUGUGGAGCCCUACAACAUUCCACUGUCUCAAGCUGAGGUGCUGCAGACGGGCAGUGAUGUGACAAUGGUUGCUUGGGGCACACAGGUACAUGUGAUCAAAGAGGUGGCAACAAUGGCUCAAGAAAAACUUGGUGUGUCCUGUGAAGUUAUUGAUCUGAGGACCAUCUUACCCUGGGAUACAGAGACUAUUUGCAAGUCAGUGGCGAAGACUGGGCGAUUGCUGAUUAGCCAUGAGGCUCCCUUGACAGGAGGAUUUGCAUCUGAAAUCAGUUCCACAGUUCAGGAAGAAUGCUUUUUGAAUUUAGAAGCUCCUAUUUCAAGAGUAUGUGGCUAUGACACUCCCUUCCCUCACAUCUUUGAGCCUUUCUACAUCCCAGACAAAUGGAAAUGCUAUGAUGCUCUUCAAAAGAUGAUUAACUACUGAGCAGUAGUACAGAGUACCAAAGUCUGGCUGCCAGGCAGGAUUCAUGAACCCUCUGAGAAUGUGCAGCAAAUCCUGUUGGCUUGACUACCUGAUCGAUGCAUCUCUGUCUUUUCAUCACACAAGGCUGACAGGUCAUCUUAUCUCCUGUCCCUUUCACCUUCUGACCAUCUCUCCAGCACUUUGGCAGGGAUCUUGAUGUGAUUUUUCAUCUCUUUUGCAGGUAAACGUAUAACAUAACUUCUAUUGUGAACUGAUCCUUUUUUUUGUGAUCAGUUUUUUUCCCUUUGUAGAGGUCUUUUCUAUCAGUGGCUCCAAGCUCUUUCCCACUUUCUGCAUGCAUUUUACCUGUAAUUUCUUGAAGAAGGAAAUAACUUAAUUGAAGUUUCCAGAUUUAAUAAAGAUAUUUGAAUGAUUUGUGAUAACUUGGGUAUACAGGAGGUUAUACUAAAAUCUCAUUUGGAGAUCUAUUUCAAUGAAGGUGUCCAUCCACAUAAAAAGGACACUCAGGUCAGCAGAGAAGGGCUGCCUAAGAAGGUAAAACCAGAUAGAUUAUGGUCUGACUCUUUUUUCAGGCUGGAGACCCUGCUGGAGAUAGGGUACUGCACCAUGAAGUCCCUUGGUUUGACCCAGUGUGACCAAGCUCACGUGUGCUUUAGCAUAUUGUAGAAGGGACUUUUGUGCAAAGAAACAUUUUCAUUUAUUUAACUUCAGCCUACUCCUUUCUCCUCUCAGCUGAUGCCCCUCAGUUCAAGUAUUGGAAAAGAUGGUGAAAAAUUUAUCAAGUGUGGAAAAAAUAAUCAGCAAAUAUUUUUGUUUAAACAUAAAAGAGUUAGCAUUCUGCUCUACUAAAUUUUUGAUAACAAUGUCAGUUUCAGCAACAUUCCUAGAAGCAUGAACACACCUUAAGAUUGCUCUGUUUUCAAGAAGUCAUUGAGAUGAAUUCUACUUCAGGCACACAUUUUGGUUAUUUGCCUAUUGAACCUCAAUGUGCCUGUGGACUGGGGAUCUGAAGGCAGCAAAUCCCCUUGGCUGUUUGAUCCUAUCCCUUUGCUGUGUCACAUCUGCUGAAGUGCACUGUGUGCAAAGGGGAUGUAAGAAAUGGCAAUUUAUUUUAUAAAAUGACCAUGAGCAUGUAUGGGCUGCAUUAUUUUAUUCAAUUUAAAUUGGUAUUUUUGAUUUUAUUGCUUAUAUAUAAUGGAAAUUACACUGUUCUACGGGUCUGCCUAUGUUUCUUUCUCUAUACAGCCUGCUUACUCUGGGGAGGAGAUUUGGGAACUGUAACUAAAGGUUAAGCAGGUGAUUUUUGCAUUAUGUAACUACUCUAGAAUAGUGCUUCUCUAAUUUAUUCAAAAGUAAGUUUGCGCUUCUUUUCUGUCACAGAUAAAUAUUAAUAGCUACUAUUUGGCUAAAUAAAUAAUUACGACAACCAAUUUCACUCUGAAAACAAUCUGCAGCUUCAGUGAAUAAUCUCUCAUCAGCUAAUAAAUAGUGGUCAGCUGUGUUUGCCAGUCUUAGGAAAUACAAGAAAUAAAAAAUUCAUAUUUAAUGCAGUGCACUUCUAUUAUUCUGGU